GUCAAUACAUUGUCUCUAAUUCUUAGUUAGUCUGUGACCACAUUAUUUAUUUUUCUUUUUCUAAAUUACUUAUCAUAGAAAUAUAGUUAAAUAUUUUUAUCGUAAAUUAUUUGAAUUUUAAUAUCAAAACAAAAAGACAUCCAAAACUUAGCACUGGCAAAUUACUCCAAAGCAAAAAAAAACCUUUGUCUACUUAUGUAGAAAUAAAACACAAGUAAAGAUAAAUCAUUGGCUAUAUUUAUUCAUAAAGACAGUUGAACUGCUGAGAUGUAUUCUGAAACUGUAAAACAAGAACAGGAGACUGACCAUCUUCAUGUGACCACCACACAUAUUAAGCAGGAGCCUUGUGACACACACUCGAACAUUGAGGUAGACGUACAAGAAAAUGGUGCAUACUUCUCUUGUACCAUUAAACAAGAGAUGGUCGAACUUGAUGUUCAAUACGAUGUAGAUGGAGCUGCAGUUGUAAAGUCGGAGAAUGUUAACGUAACCGAGGAGUCAAUAGAAGAAAAUGGUAAUUUUAUAAAACCUCAUGAGGAUCAUAAAGUAAAGAGUGAAAUAAUUAUAGAACCAAUAAGUAUACAAGCAGAGACACCGUCAGGAACUGAUAAUAAUUCACAUUCAAAAGCCAAUUGUGAAAAUGUUUUUAGUAAAUGUGAUAUCCAAAAAUAUGAGCACCAAGAGUGUACAGUGAUAACUGGUACACUAGAACGCCACACUUUAUUACAUCCUGACCAGAAAUCAAGUAUUAAUGAACAUAAAAAUAUUUCAACAUCUGAGUUACACUUGAAAGAAGACUCACAUAGUUGUAAUAGUGAUAAGCCAUACAGUUGUAAAUUGUGUACUAAGUGUUUUAGUGAAAGUGCAGGUUUGAAAUCACAUAUGCGUACACAUACAGAAGAGAAGCCUUAUAAUUGUGAUACAUGUAAAAAAUGUUUUCGUACAUUAAGCCAUUUGAAGGUACAUAUGCGAACACAUACAGGAGAAAAACCAUACACAUGUGACGUGUGUAAGAAAUGUUUAAGUAAUAGUAGAAAUUUGAAAAUACAUAUGCGUACACAUACAGGGGAGAAGCCAUACAGUUGUGAUGUGUGUAAAAAGUGUUUCAUUAAAAGUGGUACUUUGAAAUUACAUAUGCGAACACAUACUGGGGAGAAACCAUAUUGUUGCGAUGUAUGUAACAAAUGUUUUACUACGAGUGGAAAUUUGAAAAUACAUAUACGAACACAUACGGGAGAGAAGCCAUACAGUUGUAAUGUGUGUGAGAAGAGUUUUAGUAUAAGUAGUUGUUUAAAAUUACACAUGCAAACACAUACAAAAGAGAAAUUGUACAGUUGUGACGCAUGCAAGAAAGAUUUUAGUACAAGUGCAUGUUUGAAAUUACACAUGCAAACACAUACAGGCGAGAAACCUUUUAGUUGUGAUAUGUGUGAUAAAUGUUUUAGUGCAAGUGGAGAUUUGAAAAAACAUAUACGAACCCAUACAGGUGAAAAGCCAUAUAAUUGUGACAUUUGUAACAAAUAUUUUACUAAAAGUGGUAAUUUGAAAAUACAUAUGCGAACACAUACAGGAGAAAAGCCAUACAGCUGUGAGGUGUGUAAGAAAUGUUUUAGUAAAAGUGGUAAUUUGAAAAUACAUAUACAAACACAUACAGGUGAAAAACCUUAUAGUUGUGAUGUAUGCAACAAAUGUUUUAGAACAAGCGGGAGUUUGAAAAUACACAUGCGAAUACAUACUGGUGAAAAGCCAUACAGUUGUGAUGUGUGUAACAAAUGUUUUAAUACAAGUGGAAUUUUCAAAUUACAUAUGUUAACACAUACAGGAGAAAAGCCACACUGUUGUGACGUGUGUAAAAAAUGUUUUAGUACAAGUGGGUAUUUGAAAACGCAUAUGCAAAUACAUACAGGAGAAAAGCCAUUUAGCUGCGAUAUCUGUAAGAAAUGUUUUAGUGCAAGUGGUGAUUUGAAGAAACAUACGCGAAUGCAUACAGGUGAAAAGCCAUACAUUUGUGACAUAUGUAACAAAUGUUUUAGUAAAAGUGCACCUUUAAAAAGACAUAUACAAUCGCAUACAGGUGAGAAGCCAUAUUCUUGUGAGGUGUGUAAGAAAUGUUUUAUUGCAAGUGGUGAUUUGAAAAAGCAUAUGCGAAUACAUACAGGUGAAAAGCCGUACAUUUGUAAUCUCUGUGAGAAAUGCUAUAGAACAAGUGGGGAUUUGAAAAGACAUAUGCAAACACAUACAGGUGAAAAGCCAUACAGUUGUGAUGUGUGCAACAAAUGUUUUUGUAUGAGUAGAGAUUUGAAAAAACAUAAACUGCGAAUACAUACAGGGGAGAAGUCAUACAAUUGUGAUGUCUGUAACAAAUGUUUUGUUAAAAAUGGACAUUUGAAAUUGCAUAUGAAAACCCAUACAGGGGAAAUGCCAUACAAUUGUGAGAUCUGUAAGAAAUGUUUUAGUAGAAGUGGGUAUUUGAAAAUACAUAUGCGAACACAUGUAAUAGAUAAGCCGUACAGUUGUGAUGUUUGUAUGAAGCGUUUUAGUAUGAAGGGUUAUUUAAAGAGACAUAUGGAAAAAAAGGAAUGCCAUACCCUUACUUCAGGGUAGAAAGGAUGUAACUAGCACUUUUAAAUAAUGACAUCAUGAAGUAAUUUUAUUUAGAAUUUAACACUUAAUAUGUAUAUUUAAUGUUUAAAAAUAAUUAUCUAAUAAAAUAUAAAGCUCAUAUGAUCCAAUA